UUUUGAUGAGUAUACGUUGACAAGCUGUCUGCUACGCAACCAACUGUCAAAUCCGUGACGUGGCCUGGCCAAACGAUUUUUCCAAUAAGACUUGCUUGUGUUAUAAUUAAUUUUAAGUUAAUAAACGCAGCGUAAGCGUCGAUAAAGUCUUUUAAACGAUGACUACCUACGAGGAGUUCAUCCAGCAAAAUGAGGAUCGUGACGGAGUGCGCUUAACCUGGAACGUAUGGCCUUCAAGUCGCAUCGAUGCCAGCCGCUUAGUGGUGCCGCUUGCGUGUCUCUAUCAGCCCCUCAAGGAGCGUCCGGACUUGCCACCAAUACAAUACGAGCCCGUGCUGUGCACGCGCAGCAAUUGCCGAGCCAUUCUGAAUCCACUGUGCCAGGUGGACUAUCGUGCCAAGCUCUGGGUGUGCAACUUUUGCUUUCAACGCAAUCCUUUUCCUCCACAAUAUGCAGCCAUAUCGGAGCAGCAUCAGCCAGCGGAACUGAUACCUGGUUUCAGUACCAUUGAGUACACCAUUACCAGGGCGCCGACAAUGCCGCCCGUGUUUAUAUUUCUGGUCGAUACCUGCAUGGAUGAAGAAGAGCUGGACGCGCUGAAGGACUCGCUGCAGAUGUCGCUGAGUCUGCUGCCGCCGAAUGCAUUGGUGGGCCUUAUUACCUUCGGCAAGAUGAUCCAGGUGCAUGAGCUUGGCACUGAUGGCUGCUCCAAGAGCUAUGUAUUUCGCGGCACCAAAGAUCUGACCGCCAAGCAGGUGCAGGACAUGCUGGGCAUUGGACGUGGUGUGGCCCCAACGCCACAUCAGCAGCCAGGUCAGCCGGGUCAGAUGCCCAAUGCACCGGGGGUUGGGGGGGCCGGACAACAUUUGCCACCCGCUCAUCGCUUCCUACAGCCGAUCAGCCAGUGCGAUACCGCACUGGGUGAUCUGCUAAGCGAGCUGCAACGUGACCCUUGGCCGGUGCCGCAGGGCAAGCGCUAUCUACGCUCCACGGGCGCUGCUCUCUCAAUUGCAGUUGGCCUGCUGGAGUGCACGUACCCAAAUACGGGCGGUCGCAUUAUGACAUUUGUCGGUGGCCCUUGCUCCCAGGGCCCCGGCCAAGUGGUCGACGAUGAGCUAAAGCAUCCCAUACGCUCCCAUCAUGAUAUACACAAGGACAAUGCCAAAUACAUGAAGAAGGGCAUCAAGCAUUAUGAUGCGUUAGCGCUGCGCGCUGCCACUAAUGGCCAUGGCAUCGACAUAUACUCAUGUGCCCUGGAUCAGACCGGUCUGAUGGAGAUGAAACAGCUAUGCAACUCCACCGGCGGUCACAUGGUUAUGGGCGAUUCAUUCAAUUCGUCGCUGUUUAAGCAAACAUUCCAGCGCGUGUUUGCGCGCGACAGCCGCAACGAUUUAAAGAUGGCAUUCAAUGCCACACUUGAGGUGAAGUGCUCGCGCGAGCUGAAAAUCUCUGGCGGCAUCGGCUCGUGUGUGUCGCUGAAUGUGAAGAGCCCGUCGGUGUCGGAUGUGGAGAUCGGCAUGGGCAAUACGGUGCAAUGGAAGUUGUGCACACUAAAUCCCAGCUCCACAUAUGCCUACUUUUUCGAGGUGGUCAAUCAGCAUUCGGCGCCCAUUCCGCAAGGCGGACGCGGCUGCAUACAGUUCAUCACACAAUACCAGCAUCCAAGCGGACAGCGGCGCAUACGCGUCACCACCUUGGCCAGAAAUUGGGCGGAUGCCAACACGAAUGUGCAGCACAUUAGCGCUGGCUUUGAUCAGGAGGCAGCCGCAGUGCUUAUGGCGCGUAUGGUUGUCUAUCGCGCCGAGACGGAUGAGGGGCCGGACAUAUUGCGCUGGGUGGAUCGCCAGCUGAUUCGCUUGUGCCAAAAGUUUGGAGAGUAUUCGAAGGAUGAUCCGAACAGUUUCCGGCUGUCACAAAACUUUAGCCUGUUUCCGCAAUUUAUGUAUCAUUUGCGCCGUUCGCAGUUCCUGCAGGUCUUCAACAAUUCGCCCGACGAGACCACAUUCUAUCGACACAUGCUGAUGCGCGAGGACCUCACACAGUCCCUGAUCAUGAUACAGCCCAUUCUUUAUAGCUAUUCAUUUAAUGGGCCACCGGAGCCGGUGCUGCUUGAUACCGCUUCAAUUCAAGCGGAUCGCAUACUGCUGAUGGACACCUUCUUCCAGAUACUCAUCUAUCACGGCGAGACGAUUGCCCAGUGGCGUGCGCUUAAAUAUCAGGACAUGCCCGAAUAUGAGAACUUCAAGCAGCUGCUGCAGGCGCCAGUCGAUGAUGCCCAGGAGAUAUUGCAGACACGCUUCCCCAUGCCGCGAUACAUUGACACCGAACAUGGCGGCUCGCAGGCGCGUUUCCUGCUCUCUAAGGUUAAUCCAUCGCAGACGCACAACAACAUGUAUGCCUACGGCCAGGCGCCAAUUGGUCAGACGACGGAUGGCGGCGCUCCGGUGCUCACAGAUGAUGUCUCCCUGCAGCUGUUCAUGGAGCAUCUGAAGAAGUUGGCCGUCUCCUCGACCACAUAGAAGCUGUUAUACGAAAUGAAAUGCCUGUAAGCCACGUAUGGAGAGUUUUGGCACAGUUUUAUUUUUUUGGCAGAGGCAAUUACAUAAUUUAAUCCCAUAUAAUGCAUAUGUGUAGAUUCCGAUUGAACACGCCUGAUAAAUACAAUAAUAAACCACAUUCAUACAUA